UGUGAUAAGAUUUAUUGUUAUUGUUUUGUUAAACUUCUCAAUACCGCAUUAUUCGAGUAGCCAUUGUCUGUUAGUACUCAGAUGGGUGAAUCCGGCGAAGUUCAAGCUCCCGUUUCGACUAUUAAAGAGAAACUGAAAAGACAACCGAGCAGCCGGAACCUAAAGAGAAAGUUUUCAUCUGAUGAAGACGAGUGUCCCCUGGAGAACAGCAGAGGAAGUCUGAGACGGUCACUGCGAAGAGGAAGUUCCUUCACCUUCCUCACCCCAGCACCACAAUGGGACUUCACUCUGAAACGCAAACGAAGAGAGAAGGACGACAGCGACGCAGUCAGCCUCUGCAGCUUCGACUUUAAGCGGAUGAGCUCUUCUGACCACUCAGUCAACAAGCCCAAAGAACAAGUUGUCAGCUACUUGGCACCUCGAUUAGCAUCUGUGCUUUGUCUCACACACGGCAACAGCACGGAGUCUGUGUCCUGUUUCACACCUCAGUGUUGA